UAUACUAAUCAAGCUCGUAGCUUUGCUGACGAAACGAAUGACGUUGGUGUGAAGAAGACGAAGACGAAGAAGAAGAAGACGAUUGGGCAUGGUCAGAAACGAAGCAAUCCGUUUGAUGCGAACGAGCCUCAAUUUAAGCGUCAUGUGGUGGCUUUGGAUCUGAUGUCUGAGAAGGUUUUGAAGAGUAUGAUGACGACGUGCGGCCAGAUCUUGGUAAAGCUGAUGAAGCAGAAAUGGUCAUGGGUGUUCAACAAUCCUGUUGAUGUUAAAGGUUUAGGGCUUCACGACUAUCAUGUGAUCGUGAAGAAGCCUAUGGAUCUGGGUACGGUGAAGGUGAAUCUGGAUAAGGGCUUUUACAGAUCGCCGAUUGAUUUCGCUUCUGAUGUCAGGUUGACUUUCACCAAUGCCAUGUCGUAUAACCCUAAGGGCCAAGACGUUUAUUUGAUGGCUGAGAAGCUUCUGGGUCAGUUUGAUGUUUGGUUUAACCCUACAUUGAAGAGGUACGAGGCUCAAGAGCUGAAAGUCAUGGGAUCAUCUUCUCGUCUUGAACCUGAACCUGAACCUGAACUCAACCAAAGAAUGUGGAAUCAGAAUCAGGUGGUGGAGCAUGUGAGGAAAGGACCUGAACAGAUUUCUAUAGCUAAAAAGCUAGAUUCUGUGAAGCAAUUACUUGCAUUGCCUCCUCCUCCUCUUCCAGUAAUGGAGAUAACUCGUGUCCCAUCUCCUCCUUCGUCACCGGUUCAGCCACCACCACCAUUACCUCCCCAGCCGGUUAGCCAAGUUGAAGCACGACUUGAAGUGGGUGAAACGAAUAAAGGAAGGAAAGGGAAGUUACCGAAACCCAAGGCUAAGGAUCCAAACAAGAGGCUAAUGACGAUGGAAGAAAAGGCAAAGCUUGGCNAUGCUAAGCGCACAUAG